ACACUCAGGCGCACCAUGCCUGACUCCAAGCCGUUCUGCAUCAACUGCGUCUCCGGCGACGUGCUGCCUGGCGAGCCGCGCGGCUCGCUGGCGCGCAUCGGGCCGUUUGACACGUACGUCGCUCAGCCGGCCGAGCGUGCGCCCAACAGCGAAGGCGUGGCCAUCGUGUACUUUGUCGAUGCGUUUGGUCUGCAGCUCAAGAACAACAAGAUCCUUCCGGACAUGAUUGCCGACGGCACGGGCCUGCCCGUCUACGUGCCCGACCUCUUCCACGGCGACGGCGUUGCCGCAGACGCCUUCAAGUCUGCGCCGCAGACGGCACGCGAGGCGGCGGCGCAGUCGUUCCUACAGAAGGCCAGCGCCAGCCUCAAGAUGGCCACCGUGGCGCCGUGGUUCAUCAAGCACCGCCCGGGCACCGUCGUGCAGCCCAUCACCGAGUUCCUCGAGGAGCUGCGCAGCGGCAAGGGCCUCAAGAAGCUCGGCGCUGUCGGCUACUGCUACGGCGGCAAGCCCGCGCUCGCCUUCAACACGAAGGGCAUGAUCGAAGUCACCGUGGCCUGCCACCCGUCGUUCGUCGAUGCCAAGACGGACGUCGCUCCGCUUAAGGGCCCGACGCUCUUCAACUGCGCCGAGGACGACUUCAUCUUCGGCGCCGCGCUGCGUGAGGCAUGCAAGAAGACGCUGGCCGACCGCACGGAUGCGCCCGUGCACGAGUUCAUCCUCUACGACAACACGGUCCACGGCUUCGCGGCGCGACCCAAGCUCAGCGAGCCCACCGUCAAGGAGGCGUUCGAGAAGUCGACGGACCGCACGAUUCAGUGGUUCAAGACCCACCUCCUCGCAGGCAGCGGUGCCACCGGCACCGCAGUUCCCGCCGCCGAGGCGCAGCCCUCUGCAGAAGCGCCGGCCACGCUCUCCGUCUGAGCGCACGUGCGCAAUGUCUCCCAGGCCACUGCUUCCCCUCUCGCUGUCGUCCAUACCACCGCGCCUCCAUCUUAUGAUCGACCAACGCAUUCUGAUUGCGCAGGG